UUCUCCUUUGGUUUGAACGUGCUCGUGGAAUUGAUUGUCGGGUAUGCCAUUCCGGGUAACGGUGUGGUGUUGAUGACCAUUAAGGCUCUUGGUUACAAUAUUGAUGGUCAGGCUGAGAACUACAUCACGAAUCAGAAGGAGGCACACUAUGCUAAGAUCCCACCUAUGGCUCUCUUCAGGGGCCAGAUGUUGGCAACUUUCAUUCAAUGUUUUGUCUCGUUGGGCGUUACGAACUGGGUUCUUUCGAACGUCGAUGGUCUUUGUACCCCUCACCAAGCUCAAAAGUUCACCUGCCCUGGUGAUAAAACUUUCUUCUCUGCUUCGGUGAUUUGGGGUGUGAUCGGACCAAAGCGAGUCUUCAACGGGUUGUAUCCAAUCCUCAAGUGGUGCUUCUUAAUCGGAGCAUUGUUGCCAAUCCCGUGUUACGCCUUCAAGCAGUACGGUCCAAAAUCUGUUACUAGGUUUUUCCAACCAACUUUGAUUAUUGGCGGUUUCUUAAACAUCCCUCCAUACAACUUGUCCUAUUUUACUCCAAGUAUGUAUGCUGCAUAUGCCUUUAUGUACCACAUUAAGAGACGGUACAGUGACUGGUGGGAGAAGUACAACUAUGUGUUGUCUUCUGCUCUUGGUGCGGGUGUUGCGUUUUCCCCAAUUAUCAUCUUUUUUGCGGUUCAGUAUCACGCUAAGGAUAUUGACUGA